CAUUUUGAUUGUUUUUGUUGUCAAAGAUUGUUGAUGGUGAAUAUUUUGUAUUUCAUAUUAAGACCGGCAUUCCGGUAUAAUAAUACAACGUUCGGUGCCUUUAUUUGGAAUAAUUCGAAGCGAUAUUUGGCAAAAAUGCAAAGCCCCCAGUCCCCGCAACCUUUCUCCCCCACACAGGAAAAAUACUGCUUUAAAAAUCAAUAUGACGAUUAUACAGAGAAUGGUGCCAAGCCACAUAUCGAAAAUAACACGGUGAAAGCAACAAGUAAAAUUACAGCAAAACUAGCGGCAAAAUGGGAAUCUGUAUUAGAAGACUUAAAAAAUUGGACUUCACAGGACUAUACUGUAUACACAGGCACUGCAGGAGUUGGCCUAUUAUUUCUCAGAAAAGACCCUAAUGAUUCCAAUAAUCUUAGAAGAAUUAGAAAAAAUUACCUGCAGCUCGAGCAGUUAAAAAACAGAAAGGUUUCAUUCCUACUGGGAGACUCCGGCCCACUAUCCAUUGCAGCAGUGGUGUCGCACAAAUUGGAAGACAAGAAAAUUUUUGAUUUUUGUAUUAGAAAAUUAAUGGCUUUUGUAAAGGUUGUAAAAAAUACCGGUUCUGAGAUGGCUAAUGAAUAUCUUUAUGGUCGAGCAGGAUUUUUGUAUGCAUUACUCUAUGUGAACAAAAACGUUUCACCUCCACCAUUUUCACAGUCGGUUGUGAGAAGUAUUAUUGAGGCAAUACUGUAUUUUGGAGAAAAACUAGCGAAACACUUGAAAAUUGACGAUGCCUGUCCGUUGAUGUACGAAUGGCACGGCAGUAAAUAUUUGGGAGCCGCUCAUGGAGUGUCCGGAAUCAUUUAUUUAUUACUUCAAGCUAGAGAAUACUUAACAGAAGAUGAAUUGAACACUUUUAUUAAGCCCACUAUCGCGUUUUUAUCCACCUUAAGGUUUCCUACAGGUAAUUUUCCAUCGUCUUUGGGACCAGGCAAUCGGGAUAAAUACGUUCAGUGGUGUCAUGGAGCGCCUGGGUUCUUGUAUAUGUACUGUGAGGCAUUCAGGACUUUUGGGGAUAACCACUACCUUUAUGCUGCGGAGAAAUGCGCUGACGUAAUCUGGUUCCGAGGUUUAGUAAAAAAAGGUUACAGCUUAUGUCACGGAGUGGCCGGAAAUGCUUAUUGUUUCCUUGAAAUGUUCCAGACCACCAAACAACAAAAACACUUGUAUAGGGCAAUAAAGUUUGCCGAAUACUGCAUGGAUUACACCAAAGAACGUGAAGAUCAGGUGCCAGACACCCCGAUGUCUUUAUUCGAAGGGAUUUCGGGGCCCAUGUACCUUUUGUUGGACAUCCAGGACCCCUUGAAUGCGAAAUUUCCGGGAUUCACCCUCUAAGAAUACCAAAGUGUGAAAGUUUUGGUCAUUUUUGCUAACUUUAAAUUACAUGAGUCGAAUAUUUAA